AUGGUUGUCCAACUUAAAAGAGAAGAUAAAUUUUCAACUUGUUCUCCGAAGUUUUGGCUCAACACUUUUUUUUUCUUUAUCCUAUACAUAUUCUAUAUCGUGUUACAAUGUUUCUUUGCUAAUUCUCUUCUCGUUGAUCAGAUCGUAAGAGAAACCAAAAAAAAAAAAUCUCAAAAAAAGAAAAUAGGAAGCGAAUCAAUGAGCCAUCAUCAUCACUUAUCGUUUAAAAAGAAACUCAAAUCAACGCUUUGCAUUGCGGGCGGAUGUUUCGGAACAACCAACCAUCCCCAAAGUCUCCCGGAGCAACCAUCAUCUCCGACGAGUCCAAACGAGACAUCUACACACAGCCCAACCAAGACCAAAUCUCCUAGACUUGCUCGGACGUUGUCCAAAUCGCACGAAAAAUGCAAAAGUCUGAUACAUAGGAUCGGGGAAGGUAAGCACAUACGACGUCACACGACGGAUUUUCAUUAUGAUCCGUCGAGCUAUGCCCUAAACUUUGACAGGGGAGAAGAGGAUGAAAAUGUCAAUCGUUUUCCACUUCACAAUUUCUCCUCUAGGCUCCCUCAUUCACCACCUUCCUCUACCACGUCGCCUGGAUCCUCCCUCGUCAUCCAUAACCUUUUGCGGUGAUCAUUCACUUUUCUUUUCUUUUUUUAAAUUGCGUUGUUUUUUCU